UCGCUUGGGAUACACUCCCAGAGCUUCGAGCUCAGCCCAGCCCAGCUCGUCUCGGAGCGCCGCGCGAAUCGUGGCUGUCCGUCCGCCUGUGCUAUAAAUAGGUUGGUUCUCUGCCUCCAUUUAUCGCACACGAGCAUUCACACUGCGUCCCAAAAUUGUUCCCGGUGCCUGCUUCGAGCAAUAUAGCUCUAGCAGUACUUCGCAACUCGCACGAUCUAGCAGCACGAGCAAUAUUGUUAGCAAUAGUAGCUAAACGCACAACCUUGCAACACGAGCAUUAUUCUUAGCAGCAGUACCCAGCAUAAUGGCGUCGAAGAAGCUCGCCGCGUCUUCAGGCGUUGUCUUGGUCCUUCUUAUCGCCGCCAUGGCCGCACUGCUUCCGUCCGGGUGCCGGGCCGCUCAGCAGAGAAACACGACAAUUACUCCCAAUGCCACCACCACUCCAAACACCACCACCACUCCAAACGCCACCACUGCCACUCCAAACACCACCACCACUCCAAACGCCACCACUGCCACUCCAAACACCACCACCACUCCAAACACCACCACCACUCCAAACACCACCACUGCCACUCCAAACACCACCACUGCCACUCCAAACACCACCACUGCCACUCCAAACACCACCGCUGCCACUCCAAACACAACCACCUCUCCGAACCCUAUUAUGUCGGCGACAAACGCGCCGGGGAGCACGAGUGGUGCGACGAUGAAUGCGACGUUCCACAGCGACUUCUUUCAGGGCGACUUGCGCAUCGUCGUGGGGCCCAAGCGCAACCAGAUUAGCGUUCAGGCGUACUUGCCGGACUGGACUCAAGCGGCUACGCCCAAGCAGGAAUUGGUCAUAGAAUCGUACAGCCUACCCUCCGACUUCUCCUCUCUCACGGACAUCAAGCACAUCAAGAUGACCUUCGCCCCUUCCUCGUGCUACCCUAUCUACAACGCAUCCAAUCCUACUCCAGAGCAGGCCAUUCCCACCUACCUCGCCUCCGGCCCGGACUUGUGCCUCUCCUGCUACGUCUACCUCACCUUCUCCCUCCUCGACGAGUCAACGGCCAGCCAGAUCGGCAGCACGUGCACAGAAACCGACAAUGAGAAGCUUCGCGGUUACAUCUGCUCCACGUCACCUGAUGCUGACGUGUCAGUGGAGCAGGCGUUGGGGAAACCGCCGGUGGUGAACGGUGGGGGCCCGGCCAUGGGGUAUCUGUACACAGAGAUGUUUGUGCGGCAGCCUGCGGGGUCAACCAUGCGAAUUCCGUCCGUGCCUGUCAACCCUCUGGGCAUGAAGGGAAUCGGGUACAUUCUCGUGCCAUCCAAGGCACCUGCACCUCUUCCCGGGGCCUUUGACGCUGUGCCCUUCAUUGCAGGCGACAACGGCAAGGCAGUCGGAUUCGGGCUAGUUUUCCCAACCACCCUGCUCACUCAGGCCGCUCUCGCAAGCACCCCAUUCAACAGCAAGACAGUGCAGACAGCCACGCCCACCGCCUUCCCUGCUCUCUCCAUGAGCGCACCUGCCGACCAGUCGCUCACCCUCAAUGCCACCAUCAUCCCCCCUGCUGCCCCCGGUGCUGCUGUUGCUGCUGGCUGCUGCUGCUACUGCUGCCCCUGCUGCUGCUGCUAGUGCCUCGUCAUACGACAUCUCGUUUUUCAUCAGCAAGGAACAGGGGAAGCCGGCUACCCGCUCUGGUCCAAUCCUAGGCAAAGCAGCGGCAUGUGCAAUCCUCGGAUUCCUAUUCAUUUUGUAGGCAGCUUUAGGUAGUGGACAGCACAGUGCAGAAUCGGCAGCACGAUGCUGUUCACCAUAGUUUAGAGAAAGAAAAAUAACGAGGUGGUGUCUCUCGCGAGGUACUCUUGAACCUGGUAUGUGUAUGCCGUUUUUAGAAGGAAAUAAAGGCACCGCUGCCAAGCCACAAGCUUAUUAUUGGUAUAGGUAUAGUCACACAGCCUUAGAAUAGCAAAUUGGGCAGGUAAGGGCCUACUGGGUGUUGUUAUACUUGUGUGUUGU